AAAGAUAGACAGUGCUCGGACCAAUCUCCGACGUCUCUCCAACUUUGGCAUUUCAUCGUCAAAGUGAUGAAUGACCUCUCAAAUGUAGCCCUAAGGGACCACCGUUGCAGCUUCUCUUGCUCUCCGUUCCCUCCGCCGGUGACUUACCUUCUCAUAUCUCUCUUCUUUCUCGGUGCUUUUGUCUCUAUCUUCAUCGGCAUUGUCGUUCGCAACUUCAUCUUCCUCGUCUCUUUCCUUCUUCUCUCGUGUCUCGUGGUCUCGUUUGUUGCCUGGAAUUGGGUUCAAUGGCGACGCAACAAGGCCGUUGUCUCUCUGUUUAUCCGUUCUUCCCCGGAUUCUGAUCUGGGAACCGCCUCCGAUGGCCAACUUGUUAAAAUCACUGGGAUAGCAUCAUGCGGAAGCAUAGCCCUCGAGUCAUCCUAUGAGAAGGCUACGAGGUGCAUCUACACUUCCACACUCUUGCAUGAGCACUGCAGGCUAGCACACGCCGAGAGAUUCUCCACAGACUUCUACAUAACCGAUCUGAAGUUGGGGAUAGGAGCGACGGUGAAAGCCGGCUCUAACUGUAAUGUCAUCUCCCUUAUCCCGGAGACCGACCUCGUCAGCACAACCCGAAAAAGCAGAAACUUGUCUCCCCAUUUCAGAAAAUGGCUUCAACAGAGAAACCUAUGUCUUCAACCUGAAACCCGUUUGCUUCGCCUGCAAGAAGGGUACGUGCAGGAAGGAAGCUGUGUGACUGUCAUGGGAACGCUACGAACAGAGAAUAAUGGGUUGACGAUUGUUCAGCCGCCGGAGAUUUUCUCCACCGGCUGUUUAUGGCGGCGGCUGCUUUUUCCUGCAGAUAUCGACGGUCUGAUUAUUGCCCUCGCAGAAAAACCCAACAUUCAGAGUUCCACAUCUCUUCUUCCUAACGCUCAGGUCUGAUUUUAGAAACAAUCAUUGCUAGAGAGAACAGGAAACCUGGAAAAAGAUUAGAAGUAGCCAUUGAUUUAUACCCUUCUCUAGGAUUUUUUUUAUAUAUAAAAAAGGUAAGUUUA